CGCCUUCUCCGCGCACCGAGCAGCUAGACAGCUGUGUUCAAUCAGAAACCACUUACAACUCCAGACGAUUCAAAAGGGAAACUUCAGCGUGAAGUGCAGCCCCGCUCCGGCUUUCUGUAGCUUUCUUUCCCUCCCUGGAGCCCGAGGCGCGGGUCUCGCUCUCCCCGCCGCCCUGGUUUCUUCGGGAGCUCGCUGAAGCCCUCCGGGGUGCCGGAUCCUACUGGGAGGUGCCCUCCAGCCUGGUAAUGGGGGGCGGCGAGGCCCCGUAGGAGCGGCUCGGCGGCUCGGAGGGUGGCAGUGCCCCGGGACCCAGCGGUGGGAGCGCGCGGGCGGGUCCCCGCGCCGGCUCGGCCGCUGCAGCAGCUGCGAGCGCGCCACACCGCCGAGCCUCCUGCAGCAAUGGCUCGUCCGUGAAACGCCAGCCGACUCUGUGCCUUCCAGGAGAGCUUGCAUCCUUGCUUGGGGCUUCCCCACUGUCUUGGGUGAAAAUGGCUGUCUAGACUGAAAUGUGCCAGAAGGGACCAAGCGGUGGCUAUCGAGCCUGGUAAGCCCAACUCAGGAGCUCCGAGACCUGGAGGAGGAGGAGCUCGGCUCUGAAAAGUGCAGUCAUGAAUUCUGGAGUUGCCAUGAAAUAUGGAAACGACUCCUCGGCGGAACUGAGUGAGCUCCACUUGGCAGCCCUGGCAUCACUCAAGGGAGAUAUAGUGGAGCUUAAUAAACGUCUGCAGCAAACAGAGCGGGAACGAGACCUUCUGGAAAAGAAAUUGGCCAAGGCACAGUGUGAACAGUCCCACCUCAUGAGAGAACAUGAGGACGUCCAGGAGCGAACAACGCUUCGGUACGAGGAACGCAUCACGGAACUCCACAGCAUCAUUGCUGAGCUCAAUAAGAAGAUAGACCGUUUGCAAGGCACCACCAUCAGGGAGGAAGAUGAGUACUCAGAACUGCGAUCAGAACUCAGCCAGAGUCAGCAUGAGGUCAACGAAGACUCUCGAAGCAUGGACCAAGACCAGACCUCUGUCUCCAUCCCUGAAAACCAGUCCACCAUGGUCACCGCUGACAUGGAUAAUUGCAGUGACCUGAACUCAGAGCUGCAGAGGGUGCUGACGGGGCUGGAGAAUGUUGUCUGCUGCAGGAAGAAGAGCAGCUGUGGCCUCUCCGUGGCUGAAGUGGACAGACACAUUGAGCAGCUCACCACGGCCAGCGAGCACUGUGACUUGGCCAUCAAGACAGUCGAGGAGAUUGAGGGGGUACUUGGCCGGGACCUGUAUCCCAACCUGGCUGAAGAGCGGUCUCGUUGGGAGAAGGAGUUGGCUGGGCUGAGGGAAGAGAAUGAAAGCCUGACCGCCAUGCUGUGCAGCAAAGAGGAGGAGCUGAACAGGACCAAGGCCACCAUGAACGCUAUCCGGGAGGAGCGGGACCGGCUCCGGAGGCGGGUUCGAGAGCUUCAAACGCGACUACAGAGCGUUCAGGCCACAGGGCCCGCCAGCCCUGGCCGCCUCACUUCCGCCAACCGCCCAGUUAACCCCAGCACCGGGGAGUUGAGCACCAGCAGCAGCAGCAAUGACAUUCCGAUCGCCAAGAUUGCUGAGAGGGUGAAGCUAUCGAAGACCAGGUCCGAGUCUUCAUCAUCUGAUCGACCAGUCCUGGGAUCAGAAAUCAGUAGCAUAGGGGUAUCCAGCAGUGUGGCGGAACACCUGGCCCACUCUCUUCAGGACUGCUCCAACAUCCAGGAGAUCUUCCAAACACUCUACUCACAUGGAUCUGCCAUCUCGGAAAGCAAAAUUAGAGAGUUUGAGGUGGAAACAGAGCGGUUGAAUAGCCGCAUUGAACACCUCAAAUCCCAAAAUGACCUCCUGACCAUAACCCUGGAAGAAUGCAAGAGCAACGCUGAGCGCAUGAGUAUGCUGGUGGGGAAGUAUGAAUCCAACGCCACGGCGCUGAGGCUGGCCCUGCAGUACAGUGAGCAGUGCAUAGAAGCCUAUGAACUCCUCCUGGCACUGGCUGAGAGUGAGCAGAGCCUUAUCCUGGGGCAGUUCCGGGCAGCCGGCGUGGGGUCCUCUCCUGGAGACCAGUCAGGGGAUGACAACAUCACUCAGAUGCUCCAGCGCGCUCACGACUGCCGGAAGACAGCUGAGAAUGCUGCCAAGGCCCUGCUCAUGAAGCUGGAUGGCAGCUGCGGGGGCGCCUUUGCCGUGGCCGGCUGCAGCGCUCAGCCCUGGGAGAGUCUCUCCUCCAACAGCCACACCAGCACAACCAGCUCCACAGCCAGUAGCUGCGACACGGAGUUCACUAAAGAAGAUGAGCAAAGGCUGAAGGAUUACAUCCAGCAGCUCAAGAAUGACAGGGCCGCAGUCAAGCUGACCAUGCUGGAGCUGGAGAGCAUCCACAUCGAUCCCCUCAGCUAUGAUGUUAAGCCCCGGGGGGACAGCCAGCGUCUGGAUCUGGAAAAUGCCGUGCUAAUGCAGGAACUGAUGGCCAUGAAGGAGGAGAUGGCCGAGCUGAAGGCCCAGCUCUACCUCCUGGAGAAGGAGAAGAAGGCGCUGGAGCUGAAGCUGAGCACGCGGGAGGCCCAGGAGCAGGCCUACCUGGUGCACAUCGAGCACCUGAAGUCCGAGGUGGAGGAGCAGAAGGAGCAGCGCAUGCGAUCCCUCAGUUCCACCAGCAGCGGUGGCAAAGACAAGCCCGGCAAGGAGUGUGCUGAUGCCGCCUCCCCAGCUCUGUCACUGGCUGAACUGAGGACAUCAUGUAGCGACAGUGAUCUGGCUGCCGAGUUUGCCAAUGCCAUCCGUCGAGAAAAGAAGUUAAAGGCCAGAGUGCAAGAGCUGGUGAGCGCCUUGGAAAGACUCACCAAGAGCAGUGAAAUCCGACACCAGCAAUCAGCAGAGUUCGUGAAUGACCUAAAGCGAGCCAACAGCAACUUGGUGGCUGCCUAUGAGAAAGCAAAGAAGAAGCAUCAGAACAAACUGAAGAAGUUGGAGUCUCAGAUGAUGGCCAUGGUGGAGAGACACGAGACCCAAGUGAGGAUGCUCAAGCAAAGAAUAGCUCUGCUGGAGGAGGAGAACUCAAGGCCACACACCAAUGAAACUUCACUUUAAUCAGCACUUGGGCACCAAAGCUCCUUCCAUGGAAGCUAAACUCUAGCAGUUCACCGGGGACAGAAGCACCCCGGAGGCAGAGCACCUGGUGGGAGAGUGACAAAAAGGAAGGUUGGCAGGUAGGUCAGCACCUGCAUAGUGGAGUGCCAUGGACUCAUCAGCCCCAGGGGUGAGUGGCCUGGUGACACCGUGUAGACUAUCCAGAGGCUCCCGCCCCUCCCCUUCCAGGCCCACGGACAGCCUGUAAAUACCUGCUCUGUGCGCCAUGCUCAGUAGGCCUUGCUUCUGCUCUCAGCCCCGGCAGUCACUCUCCCACCUGUUCUGGAGCUUGUGUAUCGGUGGUACCCUCAGCAUUUGUUUUACAAGACUGUCCAUUCUUUCCUUAUCUUUGACAUCCCAUUUCUCCUCUUUCUUCUUCAGGGAUAAAUGCUGACAAAACAUGGGAGUGGGGAGGGGUUGUCUUCAGCCUCUAGAACUGAUUUGCUUAUUGCAACCAGGCCUUUGGUGUUCAAGUCCCACUACCAACCCCAAGACAGACGGUCGCUCAGAGGUGCUCUGGAAGGUAGAUUACAGGGGGGUGGUGCGUAGGCAUUGCUUCUGGUCCCUGAUACAUUUGAAGUUACAGGGGGAGCAACCUCAGGGCUAUGCCUGACAGCUGUUUGGGAGAAUGAGCACUUCUUUCACCUCUCACUGUGGAUGUAGGGAUGGGAAGGGCACUUUCUUUUGACUCUGGGAUUUUCCCUCCCAGUGGAGCCUUAUUAAAGCCAAGAUUUAGAGCUGAGAUAGUCCUAUUGAUACAUAGAGUGGAACUAAAAUUUUACCAGGAGUUUCUUCAAGAGCAGAGGAGCAUUAGUACUUUUGCCCACCCCAGGGCACCACAUAAUUGCUGUUCUGCAUGAAUCAAACAAAGCUCAUGCACAGGACGAGAAACAUAGCUCUGGACCUCUCUUUCUCUAAAGGCAAGAGGCAGGACGUGGAGUAGACUGAAUGUUUUGCAGGCUGAUACCACCUAUUGAAGAGACUGCUACUGAACCACCAGUUCAACUUUACUUCUGCUGUUAGGAAGGGCAGGGGGUGAAGAAAUGGUUGUUGAGACCUCCUUUUAUCCCCCUAGAGAAAUGGCAGUUGGUAUACGGUACUUAGUCCUUAAACAGGUUAAAUCUCAAGAAAAAUGCUGACAGGGCUGGGCGGGGACCAAAGUACCUGAAUUCUUUCAGGAAGGCCUCCACCAUCUUAAAUUCAUUAUUCCAUUCCUGUCUUUCAGUUCUUCUGUAGUUACCCUACACUGACAUUUUCAAAGACCACUUGCCUUUCAUUCUGUAGCACCUGAAGAUCCACCCAGUCUCCUGAGAACUGUAUCCCAAUGCCACAGUGCACGAAGUUUUGUUUAUGACCAGGUCACAUUACAGCCCCAAUAUCCGUGAACUACUAAAGGUCUGUUUUCAGACAACCUGAGUUCCUCAAGCCUUCUUUGCAAUGGCGAAGGCCACUCCAGCCACCACCUUGGAGGGCAGGGCAGUUCUUUCCCAAAAGCGAUCACCCUUCUUUCUCAGGCCAGCAGUGAAGCUGCCUGCCUUCAAACAAAACAAAACAAAAAACCAGUGUAAGUCUGGAAGGACCAGCUUUUGGUUGGCUGCUUUGAUCACUGUGAAAGUGCCCACUGGCUCCUGUUUCUGUUAUGUAUCUACUAUUUAGCAAAGAUGGUUCUUGUGAUUUUUUUUUUCUUAAUUUUUACGCUUGUGAUAAAGUUUCAUUUUGUCAUAAGGAAAAUUUUAUGGCUAAAAAAGUAUGUGCAAAAGGGGUUUAAAAGGCAAAAUGCUGGUUUUCCCCAUUUUUCCAGUCUGCCUAAGGGAAAUGGCCUCCCCUUAGCCAACUGGGAUAUCCAGGGUGGGAAACCACUCAUGGCUCUUCUGUUGACUGCACAGGCAUCAGAAGUUUCAAUUUCACCAACACUGAAAGGUAUAGCUGACACAGGAAUAAAAUCGUCUGCUGACCUCUGUCUACCAUUCUUGGUCCAAGUUAGAAGAGAACUCACUCUUUUAGGUGAGUCAUAUAGGGUCAUGUAACUCUUUCAGACUCGGGAGGUCUCAGCUCCUCCAUUUUAAGCCCAGUAUUACCCUACCUGGUCUCCUUUGAGUUUAUCCUUCAACAUCAUACUUUUUAAUAUGUGGUGACUAGAUCCAAACUAUUUCCCCAGAAAACUGUUACUUUUAUAAAGGUGUGGAAUAAAAAAGCAAUUAAAUAGUUGAUUUCCUUUCCUUGUGUUUUUCAAAUACUCCCUAAGACAAGAUGCUGGUUGAAGGUGAACCAAGAGGCACUGAUUUAUUCUAAUCAUGAGUCCCACUAAAACCACAUUGAUUAAAAGUAAAAAAAUUGCAGGUGCCUGAAAACCUGAGUUUUUCUUUCUAAAUAGAAGCUGGUUUAUUGACCUCUCCAUAAAAGGUAAACAAUGAAACAGAUUUGACUUUCAUGUUUUUGUUUUCUGGCUUCCUCAGUGGUUACUCCUUUUAGGCAGUCACCUUCUCUGUUCAGAGUUCAGUCUCUGGCUCUCAGAGAAACAGACACAGGAAGAAAGGCUCCAUCUCACAGUUCCUUAGGGUUGUAUUUCCCACUGCCGAAUUAAGGCAAAAAUCGGGCAAAAGAGACUGCAGUCUGUGGCUGGAGCGGCAUCCAUGUGUGGGCCCGCCAACUGAUCUGAUGUUCUGCCAAACCCCAUCUGCACCAGCUGCCAGAACUUCAAUGGACUUGCAGGUGGGAAGAUUCCUCUUUGAGACAUACCAGAAGUUAUUUAUGAUUAAGUAUCUUGUGUGAUCAGACGGGUGAGAUUUUUCAUGCCCUUCCUCCAGCUCAUGCUCCAGCCCCAGCGGUACACACUAGAUGUUUCAUCACUGCCAAUGCAGGUAAUUAACUGUUUCAUAUUCGCUCUCAUCUGCAAGCAUGUCAAGUUCCUGAAGUUAAUAUCCAUGUUGCCUGAAACUGGAAUGUUCGGUUAAUAAAAAAAUUAAGCGCCAGUUAAACAUAAUUGCUUAAUUCUCCUUGGAGAUGCAUGCACCUGUUGCUGAGUCCUCCUCUGAGCCUGCGUCAGUACUUUCUACAGGGAUCUCAGAGAACUUAAUUAGAGCCCCGACAUUCUACUCCAGAAAGGCAGUCCCAAUUAGACCCAAUGCGAU